AUGCCUAAUCCUACUUCGAUACAUAACUUUCUUGAUAAAAGACAUAGCAUCACCCCUCUUCUAGGUUGGUCUACGUUUAUUAUAUGCCUAUCUGCUUUGCAAUUUGGAUAUCAUUUAGCGGAGCUAAAUGCUCCUGCAGAUGUGUUGUCUUGUAAUGUCAAGAAACCAGGACCUUUACCUUCAUACAACAAUACUAUUUGGUCCCAUUUUCAUUUCAAUCAAUGCAUAAACAUGACAGAACAAGGGGUUACUUUAAUCACAACAAUGUUUACUAUUGGUGGCUUGCUUGCUUCAAUAAUAUUAGGAACUACAUCAAUAUCUACAAAUUAUGGAAGAAAACACUUGUGUGUUGUUGCUGCUUUAUUCUAUGUCCUGGGAUCUUUUUUGAUGAGUUUUAGUCAAACUAAUUGGCAAAUUAACCUAGGUAGAUUAUUGAAUGGGUUUGGGGCAGGGAGCUCAUUGAUUGUAUCUCCAAUAUUGAUCAAUGAGUUAGCUCCUCUCAAUCAUAGAGGUCUAUUGGGGUCAUUGAUGCAAUCAGCUGUGUCGAUUGGGAUAUUUAUUGCUCAAAUUGUGUCAUACCUUUACUCCAAUGAUCAGCAAUGGAGAUUGAUAUUUUUGGUUGCGGGCUUAAUUGGCUUUGUACAAUUUGUUGGUUUAUUGACUGUCCCUGAAUCCCCUAAAUGGUUAACCAUGGCAAAAAAUGAUGUUGAGCGUGCUACACUUAUAUUAAAGGGUUUAAGAACCGAUGAAUCAACUGUGGAUUAUGAGAUCCAUCAUUGGGGAAAUUUGACAACAACUAACCUCCCUGAUGAUGAAACUAGUCUGUUGUUAUCUGAUGACUCUUUACUGUCACGAAACCCUCCACUGAUUCCAACGAAAGAUUUUAUUAUGGAAAGAAAGUACCGAAAGCAAUUGAUUGCUGUUGUGUUGAUUAUGACGGGUCAACAGCUAGUUGGAAUAAAUGCAAUUACAUACUACGGUGUUAAAAUAUUGAACGAACUAUUCAGUGGUUCUAACACUGGGAAUCUUGUCUUGAUGCUUAACUGUGUCUUUUCCGGGAUGAACGUGGCUGCAUCGAUUGCUGUAGCUCCAUUAAUUGACAGAUGGGGUAGAAAGCCGUUGCUCAUGACAAGUAUAACAAUGUGUGCAAUUUGUACCAGUAUUUUGGCCAUUGGUAUACCGAACAGAUAUGAUAUUGCUGUUGUUACGGCGUGUAUUGGAUUUGUAACAGGAUGGGCAUUGGGUUUGGGUCCACUUCCCUUCUUAAUGAUAAGUGAGUUUACUGGUCAUGAUGUUGUUGCUACAGCUCAAUCUUUAGGUACGGUUAUGAAUUGGAGUUCAAAUAUGUUUAUAGCAAUAUUGUUCCCAUUUCUAACAAAUAUUUUGGGUAUUGGGAUGGUAUUUUGGGUUUUUGUGAUAAACUCUUUGGUGUACGGUUUCGGAUUCUACCAUUAUGUUCCAGAAACUAAAGGCUUCACCCAUUAUCGUGACGUAUGGGAACAUUUUUCAUAG